AAAUCCGCUAUGCAACGGUGUACUGGAACAGAGCUGAAAAAACCCUGCAGGUCAGGAAUGUGCUGGACAGGAGUGGGGAUGCCUAUGGGUUCUACAACAACACUGUGCAGACAACAGGCUGGGGAGUUCUGGAGAUCAGAGCAGGCUACGGCAGCCAGACCUUAAGCAAUGAAGACAUCAUGUAUGCAGCUGGCUUCUUGGAAGGCUACCUCACAGCUCCGCACAUGUAUGACCAUGCUGCAAACAUGUACCCCCAGCUGAUCAAGAACCCCACCGUUCGGAGUGGGGUGCAGAACUUCAUGGAGAAACAAGAUCAAUGGACAAGACAACAAAUCAGAAAUAAUAAGGAUGACCCCUUUUGGAGGCAUGCUGGCUAUAUUAUUGCACAGUUGGAUGGUCUGUACAUGGGAGCCCUCCAAUGGGCUAAACUACAGAAACAAACACCACUGAGCAUGUUUGAUGUCCAGUUUCUGAAUGCAGUUGGAGACCUGUUGGACCUCAUUCCUGCAUUAUUUGAGUAUUCUUCACGGAGUGGACAGUGCAAUGUGGAGCCAGGAGGCCAUGGGAAGUACCAGUGGGACAUGGGUCACUGCUCUGCUCUCAUUAAGGUUCUACCUGGAUAUGAAAAUAUCUAUUUUGCCCAUUCCAGCUGGUUUACAUAUGCUGCCACACUGAGAAUAUAUAAGCACUGGAACUUCAAUAUAGUUGAUCCAUACACUAGCACCAGCCGUGUCUCAUUCAGCAGUUACCCAGGGUUUUUGGUCUCCCUGGAUGACUUUUACAUACUAGGCAGUGGCUUAGUAAUGUUGCAGACCACCAACAGUGUGUUCAACCAAGCCCUCAUUAAGCAGAUCGUGCCGGAAUCCCUGCUGGCUUGGCAGAGGGUCCGCAUUGCCAACAUGAUGGCAGAUGGGGGCAAAGCCUGGGCAGAAACCUUCUCCAAGUGCAACUCGGGGACCUACAACAACCAGUACAUGGUGCUGGACCUGAAGAAGGUCAGGCUGCAGAAGAGCCUUGAUGAUGGUGCGCUGUACAUAGUGGAGCAGAUUCCAACCCUUGUGGAGUAUUCUGAUCAGACAAAUAUUCUCCGGAAAGGUUACUGGCCUUCAUACAACAUCCCUUUCCAUGAGAAGAUCUACAACCUCAGUGGGUACUCAGCAUAUGUUCAGAAGUAUGGCAUGGACUUCUCCUAUGAGCUUGCUCCAAGGGCAAAAAUCUUCCGCCGAGACCAAGGCAAGGUGACCAGCUUGGAGAGCAUGAAGUACAUCAUGAGAUACAACAAUUACCAGCAUGAUCCUUAUGCUGAACGCAAUCCUUGCAACACCAUUUGCUGCCGGGAAGACCUGAAUCCUUCUUUUCCAGUGCCUGCAGGCUGCUAUGACUCCAAGGUGUCGGAUUUUCGCCUGGCCUCAGCCUUCACAGCCGCUGCCAUCAACGGCCCCCCCGUGCAGGGCGGGCUCCCCGUCUUCAGCUGGCGCCGCUUCAACCACACGCGGCACCAGGGCCUGCCCGAGUCCUACAACUUCCCCUUUGUCACCAUGAGGCCCAUCCUGUAAACCCAGCAUCAGUAUUCCCAAACGGAUUUUUUUUUUUUAAUGGAAAUUUUCAUUCCUGUGUGUAAUAAAUGGAGCUGGAUGCCCACAUCCC